GUCUUUUAUUGCAGUGAAGCACAUGCACAAUACCUUCAUUACCUUUAUAAGUAACUAUUUUUUCACAAAUUAUUUACAGAAAUAAUAAUGAGAAAUGUGUAAUAUAAGUGGAUGAUAAAAUUACUGUAACACGUCAGCAGCAGGUCGUUAAGGGAGGUCGCUGUCCUCAUUGCGACAGGACGCGUACUGGUCCUUGCCUGUCGGUCACCGGUCGGCGUAUGGGGGGCGUCUUGGCCUGUCUCCAGGUGUGAGGUCAAGGUGUGAAUCUCACCAUGGUCGCCGUCCGGCCACCCACUGGACGAACACUGGACGGACACCAAACGACCGCCGGUAGCCGUUCGGUCGCACGACUACUUUGACACCUAUGUGGUCGGGGAGCGGUGGGUGUGAAUCGCAGCAUUUUGGGGGGGUCGCGGGUGGUCGUUAGCAGGUCGUAAAGUCAGUGUGACUGUAGCUCAAGGCAACACUCACCCGCCGCCGCUGCCUCGCCGCUGAGCCCCGGGAGGGGCUCAGCCGCACCACCUCUGCGGCGCUCUGCAAGGGCGAUACACGUACAUUAUCAGUAGAGAGUCCAAAUAACAAUGGCGGAAUGCACUGAUUCACUUCAGGACAAAACUAACAAAGCAAGAGAACUAUUUCAUGGAAUUUAAAGAAAAAAACCGUGCACCUUCACCGGGCGCCAAACACUUACUGUUGUACUCGUCAGUUUUGCCAAACAAGAAGUCUAUAAAAACAAAAAAUACAAAGCUGCACCAGACUUAAAUUUACCCUGUUAUUAUGAGUUAUUAAGUGCUUCUUCUUAGAUAAAUGCAAGAGCAAUACGUCGAUCGUUAACUGUCCGCCCACACCGCACACCGUCACUAUUCAUCUUGCCAUUCAGGAAUGUUCAUUCAUCCUCGUCACACACGCCAUCAACGUCACAAACGCUUCAGGCAUUCGCUCCCAUUGAUCAAAAAAUACAUCCCAGGUUACAUAAAUUAUUACAUUGUGGGCAUUUCCAUUAAUUUCUCUGAUAUUCCUGAGGUGAGAUACACACGUUUUCCACAUCAUUUCAUGGUCAGAUUCUUAAAUCGAUUAAAUUAAAUAUGAGCUAUGUUUGUAUAUAUCGCAACCAGCCUCCCAGUCGACACCCAGAGGUACUGCUCAAAAUCUGCUGCAACCUUGAUACAAUCCACUCAGAAUGUCCCGGUGGCUUUAUUAUCCGGGGUUUUAUUUAUUUUAUCAUUUUUUUACGUGAUAGCCUGUAGCACCGGUAGGCUUUCUUCAAGCGCCUGGUGGUCGGCCCAAGCCCGUCGUGGGUCGUGGCGCAGGUAAGUGUUUAUAGUGGCGUCAUGUAUUCUUGGCUCAUACUGCCUCCCGGAAGUCAUUCUUGAAUGACUUGAACGGUUCUUCUAGAAUCCGGGUUGAUAGGUGGUCUUCAGGACAGCAUUUUUGGGCCACUCGGCGGCGACAGAAAAAUCCCAGGUGGUAGCGUCGGAUUCGAACCCGCGUCGUCCAGAACGCGGUGAAUGCGGGACCCGUGCGCUAACCACUCAGCCACCGCCUCCCCACGUGUGUGUGUGUGUGUGUGUGUGUGUUCAAGUCCUCAAGCACACACAGUGUCUGCCAGCAACAAGCCUCACUUUGCCACCGCCUUCACAAACAGUUUCCGCGUCGGUGUACCCAGGGACCUAUGCCUUGCAGGGCCCACAAGCGCUCCCCGCAACAGAGACGCCAUGAGCUGGACAUUGCAUUGCCCCGUAUCUCGCCCAUCAGUGAUAAAACCCAGGAGUGAGGCAGUCGUGGCAAGUGAUAAGACAAUGUUAUUUCAUCCGUAAGAAACCUUGACUGGAGUGAAAAAAAAUAAUUAUACACGAUAUAUCUUAAGAGCUGUGAUAUCAUGUUUAUGCAUCAUCGCUGUGUGCAUAAACUUAUAAAGAGCACUGACUAUACAAAUCUUGCGGUAGGUCGUGACUCUUUAGGACAACCAAGACGGUAAAAAGCAAUAAGUGCCAUGGGGUCCAAAGGUCAGUAUAGUGUAUCAUGGCCUUAUCAAGAUUAUGGGAGCCAGUGCUUUCGUAACUGCCGUGUGAGGUGUGCGAGUACGUCCACCUCUCUCGUUUUUUGCUUCCUUUAACAGGUGCACAAGCGGCCAACAUGUUCAUGGAGGUGGUGGUGGCCUUGGUGGUGGUGCUGAUGAGCCUGAAGGUGUACAUGACAGUCACCUCAGGCAACUGCAGCAGCACCAGGUCCAUGGCGGGCAAGACGGUCAUUGUUACCGGAGCCACGGCAGGCAUCGGGAAGGAGACGGCUCGUGACCUGCUGCGGCGCGGUGCCCGCGUCAUCAUGGCCUGCAGGAACCUGGAGAAGGCCGCCAGGGUGGCUGGUGAACUGCGGGCCGAUGUGGGUGAUGUCGGGGAGCUGGUGGUGCGACACCUUGACACCUCCGUCCUCGAGUCAGUCAGGGCCUUCGCCAAGGAGGUGCUGGACGCCGAGAAGGCCAUCCACGUGCUUAUCAACAACGCAGGCAUUCUCGGCCCGAAGGAAAGGCGAGUGACGGCAGAUGACCUCGAGCUGACCAUGGCGACCAACCACUUCGGUCACUUCCUGCUGACCAACCUGCUGUUGGGUCGCCUGAAAGAAUCCGCACCGAGUCGCAUCGUCAACGUGUCCUCCUUGGCCCACAAAUGGCCUCGCGAGCAGUGCCUGAGCGACCUGGCGAUGACCAGCAAGUACUCGUCGAUGCACGCCUACUCCGUCAGCAAGCUGUGCAAUGUUCUCUUCACCCGCGAACUGGCGGACAGGCUGGCUGGCACGGGCGUGACGGCCACCAGCCUCCACCCGGGCUGCGUGAAGACAGACAUCGGCAGCGACAGGUGGAACUUACUCAUGUACUUAGCUUUUUGCGUCAUGUUCUUUGUCGUGAAGAACGCAGAAUCCGGCGCACAGACGACCAUCUACCUAGCGGUGUCGGAGGAGGUGGAGGGCGUGAGCGGCAGCUACUUCGCUGACUGCAAGGAGGCACCCACCAACACGUUGGUUAACCGCAAGGACCUGGCCACGGGCCUGUGGCAAACCAGCGUGAAGGCCGUGGGGCUGCAGCAACACGAAACUCACUGCUGACUGCCGAGUCAGCAGUGCUGACUGAGUGCUGACUCAGCACUCAGUAAGGCUGUUGAGGCUGACCUUGCUGAUCUCCGCUAGCCUUGCAAACUCUCCACCGCCCGGCUGUUCCCAAGUCCCUAACCACCAGACUCGCUUCCCGGCAACACUCGUAGCACGACCUGCUAGCUCACGAUCCAUGGUCCCGGUUUCGUACUGUCUAGGUAGUUCUUGUCUUUGAAUAUAAGAUAUUAUUGCUUUCGAGGGCUGAUGUGUGUGUGUGUGUGUGUGUGU